AUGAGUGGUACUUCUAAAGCCCCUUCUCCAUCACCUGCAAGGACAUCAUUGGUGCUCGUAGUGGUUGUGUCGUUUCCCACUCCCGACUUCAUGCGUGUCGCUGCGCCAACUCCAGUGAGGCAAUGGCCUGCUGCUGAAUGGGGUCAGGGCUACAUUGACGCGGUAAUGAUUGAAAGAACCCGAAAUGAAGUGCCUGGAAUGCCAGUGCUACUUACACUCAGCCAUCUGUACAGGUGA